AUGCCCAUUAAAGACGUGGUCACAUGGACCACACUCCUUAAUGCCUUUGCGUUGCACUCUAUGGUUGCUGAUGCGCGCAAAUUGUUUGAUGAAAUGCCUCAAAGAAACCAAAUCACUUGGAACUCCAUGCUCUCAUGUUACGUGCGCCACUCCAUGUUCCAUGAUGCCGAUACCCUGUUUGAGAGCAUGCCAUGUCGUGAUGUGGUGUCAUGGACUAUCAUGCUUCAGGCCUAUGCCUCUGCCAAAUGUGUACUCGAGGCUCGCCGAUUAUUUGACAAGAUGCCGGAGCGGAAUGUGGUGUCGUGGACCGUUAUGAUUGGAAUGUAUUGUGACAGUGGUCAGGUCGAUGAGGCGAGAAGGCUAUUUGAUGAGAUGCCUGAGAGGAACGAGGUCUCAUGGACUGCGAUGGUAUCGGGGUAUAUGCGCUCUGGGUUGGUGUGUGAAGCUCGGCGGUUGUUUGAUGAAAUGCCAGGAAAGUCGGUCAUCUCAUAUAAUUCGAUGCUCUCGGGCUAUGCUCGAGAAAGCAAAAUUGAUGAGGCUUGGGAGAUCUUUCAUGAAAUGCCGGAGAAGAACACAAUUUCUUGGAAUACAAUGAUUGGGGUUUUAGCAAAAAGUGGCCUCAUUGAAGAAGCAAGACUACUUUUCAAUGAAAUGCCCUUUCAAAACUUCCUUUCGACUACAAAUAUGAUUUCUAGUUAUUUUUCUGUUGGAAAAGUUGAAGAGGGUAAAUUGCUUUUUGAUGGGUUGCAAGAAAAAGGAACUAUAACAUGGAAUGCUAUGAUUUCGGGGUACGAGCAAAAUGGGUUGCCCUUGGAAGCCUUGAUCAUGCUUAAUCAGAUGCAUUGUGCAGGCAUGAAAUGGAAUUCUUCGACAGUCACUAGUGCUCUUAGCGCUUGUGGGAGCUUAGCAGUCUUGGGCAUGGGUAAGCAGAUUCAUAAGCAAGCAAUUUCAAUGGGGCUAUCCUCCAAUAUUUAUGCAGGAAGUUCUCUCAUAGACAUGUAUUUCAAGUGUGGGUGCAUCGAUCACGCCUCCGAAGUCUUUAAUUACAUGUCAAACCCCGAUCUCGUGUCCUGGAAUACAAUGAUUUCGGGUCUUGCAUAUAAUGGACAUGGCAAGUCAGCCUUGAAAAUUUACAGUAAGAUGAAAUUGAUGGGUUCUAUCAAGCCCAAUCACUCAACUUUCUUAGGUGUGUUAUUUGCGUGUGGUCAUGCAGGUUUGGUUGAUGAGGGAUUACAUUACUUUGAGUUAAUGAGGACAGAGGAGGGCCUUGAGCCAAGGACUGAACACUAUGGGUGUGUGAUCGAUGCAUUGGGCAGAGCUGGGUGGCUUACAGAUGCCUAUGCGCUAAUAAGGCUCAUGCCUUUUGAGCCUGAGGAUAGCACAUGGGCCUCGUUGCUUGGGGCUUGUAGGAACCAUGGGAAUUUAGAGCUUGGUUUGCUUGUUGCAGAGAGGCUUCGGAAAUUAGGAUCAAGUAAUCCUGGGAUCUAUAUAUUGCUUUCCAAUGUUUAUGCAGAGGCAGGGAGAUGGGGAGAUGUGGGUUUUGUGAGGGAAGAGAUGAGAGAGAGGUGCAUGGUUAAGGAACCAGGGGUCAGCUGGAUUGAGAUCACUGGUACAGUCCAUAGGUUUCUUGCUGGUGAAGAAACUCACCCACAAGCCCCUGAUAUACAUGUUGUUUUAGUUGGUUUGAGUAAAGUGAUGAGAGUUGGAGAGCUUUGA